CCAGUAUGUGGUGUGGACCUGCAGCGUUCAUUGGUGUCUUCUUGUAGUAUACUAUAAUUUAACAGACACAUUAAAGUUUUCCAUUUAAUAUCUAUAUUAAAUAUAAAAUUCCCAUCCGUUAUUAGACUAUUCACUAUCGUGUGUAAUAAAUACUUUAGUUACACGAUGAAAAUUCGGUGUAAUCGCGUGAUUUCGGCAGCCUUUUUCGUCGUUUUUGUACUUACUUCGGUGAACGCGAAAAAUAUCCGUCAGAAUCCAGUUGAAAAUAAUCAGUCGACUCCAGCCAAACCCAGUGCGAGAAUGUCGUCUAAUCUUCCCGUUUCUCACAUUGAGGCUUCAGAAAUGUCCACGACCGUGACCACAACAGAUACCACAUUGGUUACAUCGACAUUUAUAGACACCACAGGGACGACAACUAUCAAGGAAACUGUUAACAAUACCAAAGCGACGACGCCCAUCAACGGAACGGCCAACAACGCCACAGCGACGUCGUCUAUUGAGGGGACAGCGACACAGGCGGUGACAAUCACCAACGUAGGAACGGCAACCGAAACCCAGACGGACGAAAAUGGAUUGUUGGUCGAUAAAAAUGUCAUCAUUCAUCCAUUACGCAAACCUGACGUUGGUCAGUGUCCGAAGGGAUACAGUUUAACGCCUAACGGAAAUUGUAGACCAAAGUUUGUGGACAACUAAUAUUGACGCGGUCACGCCGCCAACGAGUUUAACUAGUAUAGUUAAGUAUAGUAUAGUAUAACUAUAUUAUAUAAUUUAAACUUGUUCAAAUUUUAAAUUUGGAACAUCAAAUUUUUCAAAAGUAAUUUCUACCAAAUAAUUUAAAUUAAAAAGAGGAUUUUCAAUUGAAAAACAGAAGUUUGAUGUGUCAUCACAGGAUACUCUUUAAGUAAUACAAACAAAUUCAAGAAUUAAACGGCUUUUAGCUUAUUCAAAAAUUUCAAAAAUCAAAAUUUGAAUAAAUUCAUUAUUAAAGGGAAAAAUUGGGAUGAGCAUGGUUGGUAAAUAACGCUGAUUAUAUAGUUAAAUUAUUAUUUAUUUAUUGUAUUUAAUAUGUUAUAAGAAUAUUUUUUUGUUACAUUAUAUUUGAAAGGAUGAAAUAAGUGUACAUGAACAAAUAUAAUGUCUGCUAUAAGCAUAAUAGUUA